UAUUCCGCUCAGCGUCGGUGCCCUCGUUUGCUUCUGUUCUCAGCCCAUCAAUACAUUGUCCCUCAUCUACGUGGACACUUCUUGUCACAAUGAUUGGGACUACCAUCGGCACACCCUCUCUAAUUCCUCCGUUUUUCGGUAAAUCUGUGGCAACUCAGCCAGAAAAUUAUACCUUGAUCUUCAUGAUUUACAUUCUUGUUAUCUUUUUGAUAUGAUCAGAAGCUUAGAACAAUGGGAUAACCAUUUUUCCUUGUUUUUUUUGUAAAUAUUUUGUGGCCAAAGGAGGGGGUAAUAUCAACCAGAAAUAUUGUGCCGCGAAUUUGUGAACGGCGUUGGUUCUGCUUUCUUUUUCUUCAUUGCUGGUUUGAUAUUUUUCAUUUUCCAAUCUCGACGGCGUGAUGGGUGAUUUGAUUUCUGGAUCAUUUUCAUUUCAAUUUUCUCAUCGCAUCGAAAUAUGGAUAGUUGCGAACAAUUUUUGUUGAUCACAAUUUACGCGAUAUUUUUCAUUCGGAUGUUCUCUUAUUCACAGUCAUAUGGACACUCGUAGUUGCUAAGUGUGUUCUCCCCGCGAGUAGCUUGUCGAAUCCCUGAGUCGAUACGGAUUCAUUCUAGGGUUUUUGUUUGUUGUUCUUCUUGAUUUUAUAUACUGAAGUUCAAAGCUUCUUCGAGAGACUGAACCAGAGGUUUGAGUGCCUCAUGGGAUUGGGACUAUUCCGAAUAUCGAGGAAGAAAGGGGUUUUAGUCCAACAAGUUGAAGAACCAGGAGGAUGGAAUUUCAAUUGGGUUUGAUUGAACAAUCACUUAACAGUCGUUAUUCGCUCUGGGUCCGUGAAGCUCUUAAUGAUUUGUCGGAUAAUUUUACAAUCACUGAUCCCAGUAUGUCGGGUCACCCAAUUGUGUUCGUGAGCCGUGGAUUCUUGAAGAUGACUGGAUAUACCAAAGAAGAGGUGAUUGGAAAAAAUGGGAGGAUGUUUCAGGGCCCAAAAACUUGUAGGAGUUCAGUAAUGCAAAUUCGCGAGGCAAUUCGGGAAGAGAAGGGGAUUCAAAUUAAUUUGCUAAAUUAUCGUAAAGAUGGUACACCCUUCUGGGUCUUUUUUCAACUGAGCCCCGUCUUCUGCAAGGAAGAUGGGCGGAUCAUUCACUUUGUGGGUGUUCAGGUGCCGAUAUGGAAGAAUUCAAGGAAAUCUAUAUGUGGGUUCGCUAGAAUUCAAGGUGUUCCUUAUGAGAAUGAAUUUAGAGCGUGCAAAAGUCUUUUAGAGUCCUGCCGCCGGGAGUUGUUGUCUGAUUCUAUCUCGGAAUUGGAUUUUCUUUUGAACAGAGAUUCACCACCGGAUUCCGACAUCAGAGGAGUAGACAUUGAAGAACCAUGUGAAGCUUGUGAUGAUGAGAAGCAAAGAGCUGCAAUUGCUAUUAGUAACAUCUUAUCUGUCCUAACUCAUCACAGUGAGGUAACUGGCAGAUUGGUGUGCGAAAGGAGAUGCAGCGUGCCUAGGGUGGGCAUUCUUUGUUCAUCCUUGAAUACAUCUCUUAACAGAAUUAAACAGAGCUUUGUAUUAACUGAUCCGAACUUACCAGACAUGCCUAUAGUUUAUGCGAGUGACGAGUUUUUGAAAUUAACAGGUUAUACUAGACGUGAAGUGCUUGGGCGCAACUGUAGAUUCUUAAGUGGAAUUGACACGGAUUCUUCAACCCUUUUUAAGAUAAAGGAAAGUCUUCAAUCUGAACAAGCUUGCACUGUACGGAUUUUAAAUUACAGGAAAAAUAAGAGCUCAUUUUGGAAUGAUCUCCACAUAUCACCUGUUCGAAAUGCUUCAGGAAAGGUAGCGUACUUUGUGGGUGUCCAGAUGGAUGAAGAUGAUAAAAAGCAGGAUGAACAUGGGUUGAACCCUAAGAUGAAACAACUUAGCACCGUGGGUGCAGUCAGGGUGGCCGUGAGGAGCUUGUCCAUGACCGUGGGAUGUUCACGGGGCUAGCCCGUUCGUCUCGUUUUGAAUAGUAAUAUUAAAUUUUCACUGUAAUUACAUCUCCUGAAGAGGUAUAUAAGAAAGAUAAGACAGUAGAUGUUCUUAAACGCUAUUGUCAAGUUCUCAUUUUUCUAAUAUGGAAUGUGAAGCGUCUCAAUUUUAAGUUGAAAUAGCGGGCAUUCUUUUGAUU